AUGAUGCAAAAUAGAAUUGGAAAUUUACCAAUAGCAAACGAAAAUCCUUUGGGUCUUUCGUGGCACGACAGUGCUUGGAUACCUUUGCUGAGUCCAUCUAAUAUUAUGGACUAUUUUUCUGAGAGAUCUAAUCCAUUUUUUGACCGUACCUGUAAUAAUGAAAUUGUUAAGAUGCAACGUCUCAGCAUGGAUCAACUACAGAAUAUGACGGGACUUGAAUACAUAUUGCUUCAUGUGCAAGAUCCAAUUUUGUACGUAAUUCGUAAACAACACAGACACAGUCCUAGUCAGGCUAUACCUUUAGCUGAUUACUACAUUAUAGCUGGGAUUGUGUAUCAGGCGCCUGAUCUAGCGAGUGUUCUCAACUCUAGACUGCUGUCUGCGGUCCAUCACCUGCAAUGCUCAUUUGAAGAAACCAUGUCUUACUCAAGGUAUCACCCUAGCAAAGGAUACUGGUGGGAUUUCAAAGCAACUAAACCAGGUCUCAGUCCGUACAACAGUGGUCAGUCGUCUUCGAAGGAUGUGAGCAGCACUCCUAAAGAGGAACCAUCCACACUGUUCCAACGUCAAAGGGUUGACAUGUUGUUAGCAGAACUUGUGAGGCAGUUUCCAUUGCCCGUUACACAAGCACCUAGCCAGACAAAUGGGGUCACUGUUAAGACAGAAAACUCGACUGAAAAAAAUGGUGAUAAAGCCCCAGACGGCAACGUUAACAACAUCACUAUUAAACAGGAACCUGCAGAUCCAAGCAGCUCAGACAUGACAAAUGGAAGUCUACAAGGACAUGCUGAAAUCAAAACUGAAAUCAAACAGGAAAAUAUGAAGCCACCGCCAGAAAAGAAACUAAGAUUAUAA